AUCAGUAAUGCGACUUCUGUAAUGUUUUGCUGAACAUGAGAAAAUGAUCUGUACCAGAGUGUACUGUUUGGGACAGUUUGGAGUGUGUGCCCCAGACCUCUUCUGUGUGUGUUCGUAUUAGGUGAGCAAAACAGAAUACAGAAGAGCAAUGCCUGGACCCGCCCCCCAUCUCCACCACCACCACUGCAGAUGACUGUAAAGGACGAAGAAGAAAUAGAAUUACAUCAUUUCCUGUUGGAGUUCCCCUGUUCCACAGAGACAGGAAGAGGGAGCUCUUCACUGCAGCACGGUUGUGAAAUGGAGCUGGGUGCUGAACAGUUUUCACCGAAGAGUAUUAAAAUGGAAGACAACUCUCUAUUUCCACAAGAUUGUAAAACGGACAACUCAGACGUGUUCUGUUUCCAAAGCUGUAAAGUUGAACAGUGUUCACUAAACUGGAUUAAAAGGGAAGAGAGCUCAGAAAUGCAACCAGACUAUGGAACAUUUUCUUUUCAAAACUAUACAGACGAACCGUGUUCACCAAAGAGAAUGAAGAGGGAAGAUAGCUCUAUAUUUCCACAGGGCUUUAAAAGCGACACCUCAGACACAUUGUGUUUCCAAAGCUGUAAAGUUGAACAGUGUUUACCACCACUAAUGCACACAGCUGUGAAGAAGGAAGAGAAAGAAGGAAUAGAAUUGCAUCACUUCCCAUCCGACCCCUGUCGGACCCCUCGUCACAGAGCCAAGGCCAACAUGGCAGAGACACCAGACACUGGAGAGACAUCCAACACAGUGACUGGUCAUCAGGAAACCAACACUGCAGAAGGGCUUUAUAGAGGGACUGGCCAUGAGGAGAAAAGAAGAAAAGCCAAACAAACUCCAAAGAGAGUAGCUGCAGAGAAACAUCACACUGGAGAGAAAUCUAAUUCAGGGACUGUUAAUCGCAAGUCCAGUGCAGCAGAUGCAGGAGGAACACGCAGUGGGUUCAUCGCCCACCAGGAGACCAGCACCAGAGAUGGUGGUGUGGACAGGCCUCACCUGUGUCCCCUGUGUGGUCACGGCUUCACCCUGAAGACCAACCUCAGCAGGCACAUGAGGAUCCACUCUGGUGGCCAGUGGAAAGCCCACGCCUGCUCCACCUGUGACAGGAGGUUCAGGGACAGCACUGACCUGCGCCUACACCAAAACACACACAAAAACACACACUCUACGACAGACACACACUCUCACACACACUCUCAGACCCACACACACUCUUUAGAUACACAUUCAACAGACACACACCCUCAAAACCCAAACUCUACAGACACACAACCAGACAGCAUCCAUCAAAACGUACACCAGAAGAGCACACACUCUCAGCACACACACAUUCAAACACAGUCUCAAAGCAGCACAUCCUCACAGCCGCAAACGCACACUCAAAACACACACUCUCAAAUAACACACUCUCCGACGCACACACAGCAUCAGUCGUUGAAGUGUCCAGACUGUGGCAAAGACUUCAGCAGGGCCGCCAACCUGAAAAGGCACCAGUUGAUCCAUUCGGGCCAGAAGCCCUUCGCCUGCUCCGCCUGCCCCAAGCGCUUUAGAACCCGAGCGGAAUGCGGCGUGCACCAGAGCACUCACACAGGGUUCCGGCCGCAUGUGUGUGUGUCGUGCGGAGCGUCGUUCAGCCAGGCGUCGGAUCUGAGGAAACACACGCUCAUACACACGGACGAGAGGCCGCAUGUGUGUGAGAGGUGCGGGAAGGGGUUCAGGAGGCGCACACACCUCACGCAGCACAGGAACACACACAUGUAGACACAAACACACACCUCACUCAGCACAGGAACACACACAUGUAGACACACACACACCUCACGCAGCACAGGAACACACACACAUAGACACACACACACCUCACGCAGCAUAGGAACACACACAU